GCCAAUCGCCCAACAACUCACUGUACAGUACACUUAUCAGUAUACUUAAUUUAUAAACCAAAGAGAAUCGGCGACCUUCGAAAUAGCUUAACCUCGGCGCAUAACAUACAGGUCACAAUAAUGGAUCCCACUAUGAUAGCUUCGCAGAUGGGGCCUACGUCGUUUUUCUAUUACACACCAGACCCGAGCCCAGAGAACCGGCAUCAUGGUCACUUCAGCCAGCAACCGGGCUUCCAGCAGAUGCAACAGCAACAAGUGUUCCCUGUUGUGCCCACACUACCAUCGACGCCGAUCUACUCGAGGCCGAACUCGUCUUGCUCGCAACAAGUGCCAACCAAGAUCUUCAACGGUGUCCCCAGCAAUGUCACACCCAUGGCGUCGCCUCAGUCCACACAACGACCGGUCAUUAUAAUGCAAAGCCAACCACCUAAGUUAAUGCUCGAGACUGAGCUUGGUGAAAACGACAGCUUUUACUACCCAGCUACGCCGCCACUAUCGACAUCGGGAAGCUCAAUGGGUAGCCCAUGCAAUGGAAACGAUAUGCUAGCAACGCCAUUGAACCCGAUGUUCUCUGGAUUAGAUGGAUGCGAAAUGGUUAAGCCCGAAGUUGAGACGAUGCCAGAACAUCUAGAGAAUUUGGAUUGGGCUAGUUGUGGAUCACCUUCAUUAACACCUGUUUACCUACAAUCCCAGUCAGCAGACAACAACGCUCCCUCGCUUAACACCAGCAUUUCCAGCGAUCUUCUUUCGCCCGCUUCUUGCCCUUCGUUGUCCCCGUCUCCAUCGCCUUAUGCCCGCUCCGUCGCAUCAGAGCAAGACGUGGACUUCUGCGAUCCUCGGAAUUUGACUGUUGGCGGUGUAGCUAACCCCACUCUUGCGCCUGAGUUUUCCGCCCCUGUCGCAUUGGAGGAAUUCAGGGGUGAAGCUGUCCCCAAACAAUCGUUGCCUACUACCUUUGAGUUCCACCCUGAGAUUCACCACGAAUUGCCAAACUUUGAGGAUAUUUCCGACCUAGAAUCAGAGGACGACUUCGUCAACCGUUUAGUUAACAUUGGUGAGCAAUCUGGUGCCGACGUGAAGAGAUCACGAUCGGACACUUGCUCUACUACCUUAUCACUUGGUCACGAGUCGUUCUUGGGCGAAAGUGAUUUUGACGCCGACGACUCAUCCUGUGCAGCAACUAGCUUUUCAAGCUGCUCCGCAGACCCUGAUUCUCACAAGGAUAAGAAGGUUAAGAGAUCAAAGAAGGAAUCGCGAAAAUUUACGCCAAUCAUGAAUGUCGCCGCUGAUGCCAGCACCGCCGAGGGCGACGAGCAGCAGCAAAUGCAAGGUGAAGGUCAAGAAGACAACAGCAAUGCUGGUUCGUCUGCGGAUUCGAAUGUGGCAGGUGCACCUGCACCCGCUCCUCCGAAUCGCCGAGGACGCAAGCAAUCUUUGACCGAGGAUCCCAGCAAGACAUUUGUUUGUGAAUUAUGCAACCGCCGUUUCCGCCGACAAGAACACCUAAAGCGCCACUACCGCUCUCUUCACACUCAGGAGAAACCCUUUGAGUGCCAUGAGUGUGGUAAGAAGUUUUCCCGAAGCGAUAACUUAUCUCAACACGCGCGAACUCACGGCAGCGGCGCUAUCGUCAUGAACAUAAUUGACCCUAGUGAGGAGGGUCUUGAUUUAAUGCAAUCCGGCGAGACGGACUACGCCAACUUUGGCAAGGUGCUUUUCCAGGUCGCUUCCGAAGUUCCCGGCAGCUCUAGUGAUUACUCGUCCGACGAGUCAACUAGUGAAGGCCAGGACAAGAAGAAGCGCAAGCGAUCGGAUUAAAAGCAAUAGAAAUUCCUCGGGAGGGAUUAAAGAUAAUCGGAUAUACAACGCCAAAGGGUCCACGAGGGAUUUCAGCGUACGCCCGUUAAUGACAUAAUGACUUUCACAUACAAACAUAUUCGACAUAAGCCGCCGGCUUUUUAUACGUGGAUCAGGUCUUCAGGCCUAGGUAGAGAGGACUCACAAAAGUUGCAC